AAACAGCCAAUCGGUAAUCGAGUAGGUCCUUGGAAGCCGCUCGCAGGCGGGGCGGCGUUCCGGGGCUGUGGUAACAGAGCUCAUCUACGGAAGAAGAAGAAGGAAAAAAAAAAGAGGGUGUAAAGGACAGAUGUAUGGGGACUGCACCGUGAUCGGUAUUGCAGGUACGGUCGCCACACACACAGGUUACCGGGUUGGAGCCGACCUCUCUCCCGUACCCCGCGUCCUCUCACCCCCCACACCAUGUCUGGCGGAGGAGAUGUUGGGUUCGUCCGCAAAGACACCGGGCAAGAGAGCCCGAGGAUGCCGGCCUGGAAGCGUGAGAUCCUGGAGAGGAGGAAGGCGAAGAGUGGCGCUUCCGCCGGUGCCGCGGAGGACGCUGGAGGCGCGAGUCCCAACCGCGUCAACGGGGAGCAAACGUUGAACGGCGGCGGACCUAACCGGGCGAGAAACAAAGACGCGAGACCGGCUGCCGCAGGGGCGACGUCGCGGAGUCCCGACCAGGAGAGCUUGGUGCUCCAUGAGAGCCUCGGCCCGCUGGAGGAGAACCCGUUUAUCAAGCUGGAGAAGGAGCGAAGAAGGCGGCAGGUCCGGGAAAACGCCGCCCGUCCCAUCCAGCACAUCUUGGAACUGUACGGUAACGUCCCCGGCAUACGGACUAUUAGAGCUGACAACAUUAUCAUCAUUGAGUCGGAUCCGGACUACAAUCCUGGCAGCGAGGAUGCAAAAAGUCCCAUUUGGCAGCAAAACUGUUACUGCUCAAUGAACGACCUCCUGGAUCGAAGAUGUAACGCUGUAACCGAGAUAAGAGCCAAGGAAGUUGUUAUUUACGACACCACGUUGAGCAAGAGCGAGGAGAACCUGAGUACCCUGGGUCGCACCAACCACAAGGACCCUUCAUCCCAUGAGGCAGGCGAGGGUCAAGGUAUGGUGAGUCGCAUCCUGCAGAAGUUUGACAGCAAUUACGGGAACCUGCAAAAGAAGUCUCACAGCACGGAGAACCUGCUGGACCUGGAUGGAAGUGUCGGCAGAAGACCAAGAAACUGGACCAAGCCACAGCUGGAUCUAGUGCCAAAGCAUAAAGAGGAGCAGCCCAGUCCUGUGGGAAGCAGGCAGGCAUCGUCGCCUGUCUCUCAGAGUUCAUGGUCUCCCAAACCUAAACCUAACUUUCCAGGACUUGAGCCAAGCGGCCGUCAGAGUCCCACCGAAGCCUCCAAGUCUGUCACCUCCUCCCGCCAACGCCUUGGAGAUGGUGAGGGUCAUGUCGCUGCUGUCGCUUCUAGAGAUGAACCGGAUACGAUGGGUUCAGGUGUGUCUUUCGACCCCAAGGUGCCGUCGUCCACGCAGACCUCUGACAUUUCAUCUAAGGUGCUGCAUGAUUUACCCGAUUUUGAGAUCCGUGCGUCCCCUAAGCCGGACCUCUCUCAGAUCCCUGACGGGGAUACACAAGCUCGGGCUCUGGCGAACCUCCGACUGCAGUCCAAAAACUCCUUCACUGUGAUUCCCAAGCGACGUCUUGCGGCCUCACCUGAGACCAACCAGACGGCGCCGGCCACACCGGCCAGCCCAGCAGAAAUGUCGCCUUCUCACCGGGUGUUGGAGCAGUCAAAUGCAAGAGUGCCAUCUUCUUACAUAUCUGCACCUGCUAUGAUGCUCCAAAAACUGAGAGAGGUGAAAACGGAGGUGGUGAGGCCAUACAAGCCCCAAGUGCUCCCCCCUGAUGCCACAAGUCCGGCACCACCUCCGGCCUCCUCAUAUCCUACCACUCUACUGAGACCUUCUUCACCUCCCUCUUCUUCAGUCCUCCCACCUUUCUCCCCACACGCCGUCCCCCCAGAUCCCUUGCCGCCAUCCCCAACUGAAACCCCUUACCCCACAGAUCAUCUCCCAGUAACAAACAUAGAUGACAUCGAGGUGGGAAGUCACCUGCAUCGUGUCCCGGCUCACAGCCCCAUAGCGCAGAAGCGAAAGGGGAACACGUUCACUGUGGUGCCUAAACGAAGGGAGGCUGAUGCUCAGCCGAGUUCACCCGAGCCUCCGCAGGAAACCUCAACGGACGAGUUACCAGGGUCCACGCCCCCUCAAGCGCCAUACAGUCACCUGGGCACCCAGUUAAAGAAACGCUACCCUGCUGUGGAGGAGAUCCAGGUCAUCGGCGGGUACCUUUCUCUCAGCAAAUCCUGCCUCUCCAAGACUGGUACGCUGGGCAAAAAGCUCAAGAUCUCCUUCAACGACUCGAGUCUUCACAGCACGUACGAGUACCCGUCAGAGAGCAGCGUUUGGGGCAGCGGGGAGAACGACGACGCUGACAAAAGCGAGGAAAAGGUGGCCGAUGAACCGCUCACCAUGGUCGGACGUAUUCACAUCCCUCAGCCGUCUUUCACAAGCUCGCCCACACACGCCAACAGUAACGACCUCGCCAACUACAUUCCCAAGCACUCGAUGGAUUUCAGCGUGUGGCAGAAAUACAAAGAGGAGGACAGCGUGAACAAGGAGGAGGUCCAGCAGACAUCGAUGACAGAGGAGGUCAUGCUGACGCCGGCGGACAGUUCGUCUCUGUCGGACUACAGCAGUGAGCCCGCUCUCUACUUCUGAUCACUCUGAUUGGCCCGGACAGCGACACCUUGGCCCACAGGACCACCUCGAAUGGACUGUCACACCUGGAAGUGAACCACUUCUUAGAAAGACACAUUACCUGACACCUUCAGGGAACACACGCCAUGGUAGCGCCGCCACUCGCCACGUAUUAGAACUCCUCCAGGGGAUCUUCUUGUAAAAAGCAGCUGGACUGUUUUUUGCCCCCAAAACAUCUUGGACAGUUGAUCUGUCAAAGCAUGGACAACAAUCAAAUCGAUCCAAAAGUUUUUUUUCUUUUUUCUUUUUUGGCCCAAUAAUCUGCCAAUGUCCGAGUGGACAUGAAGACACAAUGACAGCGUCAGCAUGGAAAUGUUAGUAUCGGCUACAAAAACACAACAACAACAAAACCAUAGGGUGUGUCUCAAAUGCAAUACUUCCGUCAGUACACUUCAAUAAGUACACUGUGUACUUACUUGCUGUCUCAAAUCGAUUAAGGCUGCAAUGAAUAAUUAAUUAAUAAAAAUAAAUUUAAAAAAGCUGCUUCGAUUAAUCAUUAAAUUAGCAUAACUAAUAAAAAUGUAUCUGCGUAGGAGUGCAUUGAACUUUAAAUAUUUGGACAUAGUUUUACUGCAGUAGAGCGAACAUGAGAGCGGUGGUGCAUGUGUGUGAUUUUAUUACAAAUUUACACACGUUAAAAGUGCAAUUUCAAUGUCGAUGUGCAUUUAUAACGAAAAAGGCAAAACGAAAACAUGUUAUUUCAACUUUUUUUCCCGAGGCAAUAAAGUGUGUUUUAUUCGAUUACUCUAUUAAUUGAACACUUUAAUCAAUAGAUUACUGGAUAGCGACUUCCCUUAAAUCAAGGACUUAUCAUAAAUGGCCAUCGCAAUAUUUGUUCUCCCCUUUUUUAAUGGUAAAAUGCGACCACUCAAGUUAGUUCCUCCUCAGAUGGCGACUAUAAUAAUAAUAAUAAUAGAUUUUAUUUGUAAAAAGCACUUUACAUUGAGCAAACAACCUCAAAGUGCUACAGUGUAUUGAAAAAAUAAAUAAAUAAUUAAAAGAUAAUUAAAUAAAAAUAAAUAAAAACUAGAACUAGUAUGCAUAUAUCUAUAUAUGUUAUUUAUAUAUUUUUUAUGUUCCUAUCGUAUAUUGUUUAUAACCAGCACAAUAACAUAAAAAAACAUAAUAGGUAGACAAAAAGCUUUUGCAGCACAAACAUAGCACAAACUAAUGGGACAAGUUUGGGGAUAUUUUGACUAGUUGGGGAAGUGGUUUAUAAAUCAUAAAACAUUAUUGACCUUAAACUAUUAUAGUUGUACAAAAUAUUAUUAUUAAAAGAUUAUUAAAAGACGGGUUUUAAGCCUUUUUUAAAAGCAUCCACAGUCUGUGGUGCCCUCGGGUGGUCAGGGAGAGCAUUCCACAGACUGGGAGCGGCGGAGCAGAAAGCCCGGUCUCCCAUAUUUACCUAUUGAAGGUGAUGAGUUCAUUGCACACUGACUAUUUUUCAUUGAUUUGAGUGCAACAUCCUGGUACUUAAGAGUGCACUACAAUUUGCCUCCUUGGCGUGAGCGCACUCAAAGCAUGAAGUGUACAUACGGAAGUACACCACAUUGAGACACAGCCUUUUUACUUGCAGGUUCUUGCUUACAGAAGUACAAACAAAAAGAUGUCAAAAGUCGUUUGUCGGGAAGUUGAACCAGCAGCUUUGGACGCUAACGCUAACUAACGUUAGCUUUUUGCAUCUUCUCAUGACAAACCGUCGGUUUUCAAAGUAUUUGCAACGUUUCACCCACUCGGUGCCAUUUGGAAUAAAAUGUAUAAAUGCAUGAUAAAAAAAAAAAAUACUUAUUAUUGAACAAAGAUUUAAACUAGGGGUGUCCUGAUACAACUUUUACAUAUACCGUAUAUGGAGCCUUGAAAGUAUUCGCCGAUACCGAUGGAAAUCUGAUACAAUAUCAGCAAGAAUCUUUCAUUUUUUUGUCGCGUUGAAUGUUGGAAAAUAUUUGAUCGAGUGAAAUGAGUCAAACAGAGAACAAUAGUAGGUAAGAAAAACACUAACCUAUUUAUUAUUAACCGACUAAAAGGGACUUACUCUAUGUUGUCUUUAAGUUGAAGUGGAGUGGGCACAAUAAUUCAUUAGGUUAAGAACAUGACUUACUACGUCGAAUUAUGCGGACACGUUUGUUACUUGAUACUUCCCACUACACUUCUGCCUUGGAUACUUUGUACAUGUAAGUAAUAUGCAACUGUAAUUGUUUAUAUCGACAAAUGUGCUGUUUUAGACUGCAUUGUUGUUCAAUUAGGGACACUUAUUGCAACUGUCUAGCUUGUGUGCUAUUGUUUGCUGAGCUGUUGUGUAGCUGCCAGCUCCUAGUAGCCUAUAACCUACCAUGUUUACCUUUUUGUGAAUGACUUGACGAGAAAACACAAGAGAAGACCAACCUUGUGUGCUUAUUGGCGGGCGUUUGUACGUUAACUGGCUGUCCGGCUUUGCACAAAUGGGACCGCUUGUAUCGGAGUUUACAUCACAUAUUUUACAUGCAAGCACAUAUGAUCUGAUACUUGUUUUUUUUUUGGAUGAUAUUAGAUGGAUAUUAACGUCAGGUUGGGACACCCUUACUUUAAACAACUUUGAACAUAUGAAAAAUAGCAUUUCUUGUCUGUUUUUGCAUUCCGAAAAUUACACUGCUAACAAAUGUUAUAUUUUUACAUACGUGGUGCUCUUUCUCCCAAAUAGACUUAACAUUUAUUAAUAUAAGUUAAAAUUCGCACUUUAGUCGUGGAAUUUCACUCCGUCCUGCUACCCUAAUACACAGGUGUCAAACUCAAGGCCCGGGGGCCGGAUCUGGCCCGCCACAUCAUUUUUGAACGGCCCGUGAAAGCUUGGAAAUAACAUGCAUCAAUAAAGUACUUUCUUUCUUUUUCUAUUUUGACAGGGAAAAAAAAGACAUGUACCGCAUGCAGUUAUACACCUUUUACACUUUAUCUAUCUACCGUAUUUUUCGGAGUAUAAGUCGCUCCGGAGUAUAAGUCGCACUGGCCGAAAAUGCAUAAUAAAGAAGGAAAAAAACAUAUAUAAGUCGCAUUUUUUGGGGAAAUUUAUUUGAUAAAACCCAACACCAAGAAUAGACAUUCGAAAGGCAAUUUAAAAUACCGUAUUUUUCGAACUAUAAGUCGCAGUUUUUUUCAUAGUUUGGCAGGGCUCUAGUGCGACUUAUACGGUAUAUGUUUUUUUCCUUCUUUAUUAUGCAUUUUCGGCGGGUGCGACUUAUACUCCGGUGCGACUUAUACUCCGAAAAAUACGGUAAAUAAAGAAUAGUGAACAACAGGCUGAAUAAAUGUACGUUAUAUGAGGCAUAAAUAACCAACUAAGAACGUGCCUGGUAUGUUAACGUAACAUAUUAUGGUAAGAGUCAUUCAAAUAACUAUAACAUAUAGAACAUGCUAUACGUUUACCAAACAAUCUGUCACUCCGAAUCGCUAAAUCCCAUGAAAUCUUAUACGUCUAGUCUCUUACGUGAAUGAGCUAAAU